AGGAGCUAAGAUGUACCAUUGCUGCUCCGCAGUCACGUUCGACCAGGACUUGAACAAGAAAAUGCAGAUGUGGAUCCUACAGACGCUUGCAUUUGCUUUGACAUCCUUGGUUCUGUCUUGGGCAGAAACGAUUGAAUCCUAUGGAGAGGUGUGUGACAAUUGCCCUUGUGAAGAACGAGAUGGCAUAUUGUCGGUGAAUUGUGAAAACAGGGGCAUCAUCAGCCUGUCGGAGAUCACUCCUCCACGUUUUGCCAUCUACCAUCUCUUCUUGUUUGGGAAUCUGUUGAAUCGCCUGUACCUGAAUGAGUUUGUCAAUUACAGCGGGGCUUCUAUAUUACAUCUGGGGAAUAACGACAUCCAGGAGAUUGAGACUGGCUCGUUUAACGGGCUGCAGGCUCUAAAGAGGCUGCAUCUCAACAACAACAAGCUGGAGCUUCUGAAAAAUGACACCUUCCUGGGGCUGGAGAGCCUGGAAUAUCUCCAGGUCGAUUAUAAUUAUAUCAUCUCCAUUGAAGCCAACACCUUCAGCAGGCUCCACACUCUGCAGGUCUUAAUUCUCAAUGACAACCUCCUGUCCAGCUUGCCCAACAAUCUCUUUCGCUUUGUCCCCUUGACCCACUUAGAUCUUAGAGGUAACAGGCUGAAGGUGCUUCCCUUUGUGGGCUUGUUAGAACACAUGGAUAAAGUGGUGGAGCUACAACUAGAGGAGAACCCAUGGAACUGCUCGUGUGAAUUAAUUGCCCUGAAGGAUUGGCUCUAUAGCAUCUCCUACUCUGCCCUAGUCGGUGACGUGGUUUGUGAAACUCCUUUUAGACUCUAUGGGAGAGAUCUGGAUGAGAUAUCCAAGCAGGAGUUAUGUCCUAGGAAAACUCAUCCCUACCUAUGAGAUGAGGCCACCCAUCCCUAGGAGUACCAACGAGUACUUCCACACCACCCCAGCCUCUGUCAAUUCGGGGGCCACCAUCUCCUCUUCUGUUUACAAAAACCCCAGCAAACCUAAAAGCACACGGCAGCCUGUCCGACCCAGAGUGCGAGCCACUUCCCACCACCCUCCCAAAGAGAAUGGUUACAUCGCUUAUCAGACCAAAUCCCCUGUGCCUUUGGAGUGUCCUACAAACUGUACCUGCAACCUUCAGAUCUCCAACCUGGGACUAAACGUCAACUGUCAGGAGAGGAAGAUCCAGAGCAUCUCUGAUCUACACCCCAAACCUUAUAAUCCCAAGAAGAUGUACCUGACAGGCAACUCCAUCACCCUGGUCCGCAGAGCCGACUUUAUCGACUCCACCGGCCUGGACCUCCUGCACCUUGGGAACAAUCGGAUCUCAGUCAUACAGGAGCGAGCCUUUGGGGAUCUAACCAACUUACGACGGCUCUACCUGAAUGGCAAUUCUCUAGAAAGGCUGAGCCCGGACUUGUUUUCUGGUCUUCAGAGCCUCCAGUACCUGUUCCUCCAGUACAACUCUAUUAAGGUCAUAGAACCCGGGACAUUUGACGCUGUGCCCAAUCUGCACCUUUUAUUCCUCAACAACAACCUCCUGAAAUAUCUGCCUAGCAACAUCUUCUCUGGAUUGAAUCUGUCCAGGCUGAACCUGCGAUCUAAUCAUUUCUCCCAUCUGACAGUGAGUGGUGUACUAGACCAGCUGAAGUCCUUAGUGCAGAUCGACCUCCAUGAGAACCCCUGGGAUUGUACUUGUGAUGUGGUGGGCAUGAAGCUCUGGCUGGAGCAGCUCAGCGUCGGGGUUCUGGUGGACGAUGUCAUCUGCAAGACCCCCAAGAAAUUCUCACUGAAGGAAAUGCGAUCGAUUAAAGCCGAUCAGCUGUGCCCAGAUUACUCUGACAUCGUGGUGGCCACGUCUACACCUUCUGAGGAACAGCCCCCAGAGAGCACCACCACCUUCAUCUACCCCAUUAAAGUGGACAACAAAGUGCCGAGCUCGGUGCCCCUGUCUGUGCUCAUCCUCAGCCUGCUCUUGGUUUUCAUCAUGUCUGUCUUUGUGGCUGCGGGACUCUUCGUCCUUGUCAUGAAGAGAAGAAAGAAGAAUCAGAACGAGCCAGCCAGCACCAAUAACUCGGACGUCAGUUCGUUCAACAUGCAGUACAGUGUGUACAGCAAUAGACCUCUCCCCAAAGUCAAGACCCCGGCCGGCCAUGUCUAUGAGUACAUCCCCCACCCUCUGGGUCACAUGUGUAAGAACCCCAUCUAUAGAUCCAGGGAGGGCAAUUCUGUGGAGGAUUACAAAGAUCUCCAUGAACUCAAAGUCACCUACAGGAACCACCUGGAAGAAGAAAGAGAAAGUAACCUCAGGAGCCCAAGCUACAGUGUCAGCACCAUUGAGCCUAGGGUUGAGCUUUCUCCUGUGCAGGAUACGGACCGUGUCUACAGAGGGAUCCUUGAACCCGACAAAGGACCUACACCCGGGACUAACAUUGAAUACAAGUAUAGCAACCCCCCCACCGUUCACCUACACCCCAAAAUAUGAGGCAAAACGUCAGUUUCUGCAUCCAGACAGGUUAAGAGAAGCUGUGCUCUACAGCACUCCCAGUACUGUCUAUGUGGAACCUAAUAGGAACGAGUAUUUGGAAUUAAAAGCUAAACUCAAUGUUGAGCCGGACUACCUCGAAGUGCUGGAAAAAACAGACAACAUUUAGCCAGUUCUAG